AUGCUUCUUCCAUUUAUUUCUAUUCCUAAAGAAGAUGCAGAUUUACAUGUUGAAACUAAGCCUAAACCAAAACCUAGACGUGUUUCUAUACAAAAAGAGAUUCACCCCAAUCCUGUAACAUAUUCCCCAGACAAUGUCCCAGUUACUCCAGUGAGUGUACCAGUUACUCCAGUAAGUGUUCCAGUUACUCCAGUAAGUGUUCCAAUUACUCCAGUAACUAUCCCAGUUACUCCAGUAAGUGUUCCAGUUACUUCAGUAAGUGUUUCAGUUACUCCAGUAAGUGUACGAGUUACUCCAGUAAGUAGACCAGUUACUCCAGUGAGUAGACCAAGUACUCCAGUGACUAUUCCAGUCAUUCAAGUACAUACGCCUGUUUCAUCUUCACGCCCUAUCCCACGCCCUAGACGUGUGAUACAUCCACCGGAUAGGUAUGGAGAAUGGGUAUAA